AUAUUCUCCCUUCUUCUUCUCUCUUCUCUUUCAUCUUUCUCAUCCCUUAUCUGAAUUCACUUUAUUUGUUCUCCUCUCUUCCUUCACUCCACUCAUAUUUCACUCUCUCAUCUUAAUCUUCCUUCUCCUCACCUCUCCAUUUCCUCUUCCUUUUCUUUUCCAUUUCAUCUUCAUUUCUUCUACUUUCCUUCUUGCUUUUCUAUUGUUCUCUCCAUUCCUCUUCCUUUUUAUUUUUCAUUUCCUCUUCUUCUUCCUUCGGUAUGUUACUUAAAAUAAGAGGUAGUACUCAUUUCUAUUUAUUGAGUCAACUCCAAUUUCUCUUCACUACACCCUAUUCACCCAUUAUUGUUGAAGCGGAGAAAUUUUCUCAUACGGAAAUUGCUUCCAUCCCCACCUUUGACCAUGCCACUUGCUUGGCUUUCUCCGCCUCGCAUGGCCUUGGCGUCCGAGCGCUCGCAAUUGAGGUUAAGGAUGCCAAGGUUGCCUUCGCCACUAGCAUUGCCCACGACACAAAGCCAUCUUCCUCCCCAAUUGUGCUCGGCAAUCGUGCUAUUAUAGUUGAAGUCCAUCUCUAUGGCGAUGUCGUGUUGUGCUACAUUAGCUAUAAAAACUUGGCAUCUGGGUUCUCCAAGAGAACCCAGAUCUGGGUUCUUCUUCAACAGAUCAAGGAGGGAGAAAAGAAGGAAGAAAAGGGGAGGAGAGGGAAAGAAGAAGAAAAAGAAAGGAGGAGGGAACAGAUCUACAGAUGGAGAACUCAAAAGCAGAGAGAGGGAGAAAAGAGAGCAGAGAGAAGCAAGAGGGCUGGGCUGGUAGUAAUAGAGAGAGAUGGAUUAAGUAACGGACAAUGAAUGAGUGUGAUGGAGUGUGUAACGGAGAGGGUAAACGUACCUUUGUCCUUUAAUUUAUUUCAGGUGUUUUUAUGAUACAUGGCAUUGAUGCAAAGGAAAAUUGGGCACCGAAGGGUUUUUGUAGAAUGGGGAGGAGUAUGCUCCCUCCUCUAAAUGUUUUUGAUGUUUGAGGGUUUACUAGUAUAAGUGUGAGGGAUGAGAGGAUGUAACAAGUAAUCUGCUCUAGUACAUGUAUUGCAAAAAAAAAAUGUGAAAGGGCAGGAGUACCCCAUAUACUCCAUCAAAUAAAGUUAUCUUUGCCAU